CUUUGUCAAUUUUUUGCGUAGUAUAAAUUUGACCACUCCCCCCCUCUAUAAAUCAUUUAACCAUAAUACAAACAUACUAGUAAAAUUAAUAAGGAAAAAGAGAGAAAGAGAGAGAGAGGGCGCGCGCGAGAACGAGCACUACGAUCUAACAGAAAUGGCUCCAACUCCAUCAUCUUUCUCUCAUUUAGUAAGCAAUGGAAGUAGCAUUCUUGAACAAAAUGGCAAAGAUGAAUUCCAAAAUGCAAAAACAUGGAAAACAUUGAACAAGGAUUUGAUCCCUCAAGAAACAAAGGUUUGCAGUACUCCAUUAGUUAGUGCAAUUGAAAAAGCAAUAGAAGAAAAACAUGCAACUUUCCAGUUCCCAGGACAUAACAAAGGCCUUGCAGCUCCAUCUUCGUUAACUCGACUCAUUGGUGAUUUACCCUUUCUUUAUGACUUGAGUGAAAUCGAGGAUCAAUUCACCCAACAAAGCCCCAUUCUUGAAGCUGAGAAACAAGCUGCAAAAGUGUUUGGAUCAUCACAAACUUGGUUUCUUCUUGGAGGUUCUACUUGUGGUGUUCUUGCUGCUAUUAUGGGUACUUGCAAUUCUGGGGACACUUUGAUUCUUCCUCGAAACUGUCAUAUAUCAGCAAUCUCUGCAUUGUCUUUGUGUGGAGCCACUCCCAAGUAUAUAUUUCCUGAUUAUGAUUCUCAUUGGGAUGCUGCUACUUCUGUGUCUCCAUCAGAGGUAGAGAAGGCAAUCAAGGAGUUGGAAUUAGAAGGCAAAAAACCAGCUGCAGUAUUCAUAACUUCCCCUACAUAUAAUGGGAUAUGCAGCAAUGUGAAGGAGAUAGCUACAUUGUGUCAUUCACGCGACAUUCCUUUGAUUGUAGACGAAGCUCAUGGAGGACACUUCGGAUUUCACCCACAACUUCCAAGAUCAGCCCUUCAGCAAGGUGCUGACGUGGUUGUGCAAUCAACUCACAAAGUGUUACUCUCUCUUACUCAAUCAUCAAUGUUACACGCAUCCGAAAGUUUAUUAGUAGACAAAGACAGAAUCAACAGAUGUUUACAGAUUCUUCAGAGUACUAGCCCAAGUUUCCUGCUUUUAGCUUCACUUGAUGCUACUGCAGCUGAGUUAAAGGAAAACCCAGAAGCAAUCUUUGAUAACGCGAUUCAUUUAGCAGAAGAAGCUAAACUUGAUCUGAAACACAUCCCUGGAAUCUCAGUCCUUGAUUUUCCUAAUACUGACCCUUUAAGAGUGACGGUUGGUGUUCAUGAUCUUGAUGUUUCAGGGUAUGAAGCACAAGAUUUCUUGUUCAAGGAUCAAAGGGUACUCCCUGUUUUAACUGGUUCUCGUUCUGUCACAUUUUUAUUUACUCCAGGGAGUUGUAGGGAGCAUGUUAACAGACUUGUAACAGGGUUUCAAAAUCUGUCAUCUGUUUAUCUUCUUCAGAAUACUAAGAAACAGAGAGUUAAACGCGCUGCAUUGAAACCGUUUGUUGAUAUUGAUAUGAAACUUACUCCUAGGGAAGCAUUUUUUGCCAAGAAAAAGAAGGUAGAUGUACAAGACUCCCUUGGGAAAAUAUGUGGUGAACUUAUAUGUCCAUAUCCACCUGGUGUUCCAGUAUUGAUUCCAGGUGAAGUGAUAACAGAAAAAGCUCUGAAUAUCCUGUUACAAGCUAAAGCAUAUGGUGCUAGAAUUUCAGGAGCUUCUGAUCCUCAUUUGUUGUCCAUUAUUGUGUGUGAUAUCUAAGAAGAACAAGGCAGUUAUUGUUGCUAUUUUAGCAACAUAUGGUAGGGAAUUUGAAGUAAUUAUUUUCAAUGUUGAAGAGUGUAUUGCAAUUUGCAAGCAAUGGUGCAGCAACAGCAGAUGAACAUAUUCCGGAUGAUAGAAAUCUGGAGCUUAUUAUUAAGGAAGAGAAUUUUUUUUUUCUGAUUCAUCAUGAAUUUGAAAUUGUCACCUCUUAUAGGAGGGUAUUAAGAAGAGAUAUUACAUGUUUUGUAAUAACUAUUUUUUACACAUUUUAAUUUAUGUAUUCUUGUUUGGUUAGUCAUAUGGAAUGAAGCAAUAAAGCGACUAUUUGUACAA